UCCAUGGCUACCUUUGAGAGGUCGGCCGGUAGCGAUUCGUGAUUGUCCCACAGCGCCGCAUCUGAAUGACAUCCGACACGAAUAGCUAGCCAGAAAUGGAAAACAUUUUCAGAUUCAAAAAGAGUAUGGUAUACCCGGAACAAUUGAAUUUGGACCAAAUUAGCAGCAAAACCGCACAAAUUGCAUCUUGGUGUAGUGAACCCCUAGAGGAAAAUAGCAAUAACAUACACGUGAACGAAACGUUGAAAAAUAAUAUAGACAAUAUAGACGAGAGUGAUGAAACCAGCAGAUCUUCUGAUGGAGACGAUAGUGUUUUUGCAAAUUCAAAUAUCAGUAUCAAUGAUGAAGCAACGACAGCAAACAGUCAGUUCAUUCAAGACCGUAUACGACACCUGGUGGAUGCAUUUUCAACCAGAGCUCAAGCCGCCAGAGAAAGAAUAAUUGAAACUCCUGCUACACCAUCUUCUAUAAGCAGCAGAGAAACUAUUGAGCAUCAUCAGACUGUGAUCUCCAUGAAACCGAAGCUCAGUAUCUCGUUUUCUGAUAAAUAUACAGAAGACUUACCCGAUAUUUCUGCAAAAAACAAGGGUUUCUUCAAUAAUCUAGAAAAUUCUAUCGUGGAUCCUAAUAGUAAACUCUACCUGAUCUGGAUGUGUAUUACGGCUAUGUCUGUCCUGUAUAACGCUUGGGUGAUACCCCUGAGGAACAGUUUUCCAUACCAGACGAAAGAAAACAGACCAAUCUGGAUGACGUUUGACUACUUAGCCGAUUUGAUUUACUUGAUCGAUACGAUACUCAUCCAACCGCGAGUCAAAUAUUUGAACGAAGGGUUUUGGGUUACAGACACGAAAAUAUUGAGAGCCACUUAUAUGAAGAGCAAACGUUUCAAAUUGGACGUGUUAUCUCUGUUACCUCUGGACUUUUUGUACGUGAUUUGGGGCCCAGAGUGCGUGAUUCUUCGGUUCCCGCGUUUUUUGAAAACUCACACAUUCUGGGAGUUCUUCAGCUUCGUGGACAAGCUGCUAUCCAAUCCAUAUGUCAUCAGAAUAUCUAGAACGUUGAUGUACAUGAUGUACCUGAUCCAUCUGAACGCAUGCGCGUACUAUUCUUUUUCCUCUUGGGAAGGCAUCGGCAGCAAUAAUUUCGUUUUCAAUGGCAAAGGAAACGCUUACAUAAAGUGCUUUUACUUUGCUACCAAAACGGCAACGUCAAUAGGCAAAAAUCCGAAACCCACUCAGGAAAUCGAAUACAUGUUCAUGACGUUCUCUUGGCUGAUGGGUGUGUUCGUGUUCGCCCUUCUGAUUGGCCAGAUUCGCGACAUCAUCUCCACAGCUACUAGAUCCAAAACCGAGUACAGGAAGCUUGUUGACGAAACGUUGGAGUAUAUGAGGAGGCUGAAUAUGCCACAGGAUAUGCAGAGGAGGGUCCAGCUGUGGUUCAAUUAUACUUGGGAAACUCAGCGUACUUUGGAUGAAAACACUAUUAUGGACUGUUUGCCGCAUAAAAUGAAAACCGAUAUAGCUAUAAAUGUGCACAUACAAACUCUGAACAAGGUUACACUGUUUGCAGACUGUGAUGAGGCUCUUUUGAGAGAAUUGGUGCUUCAACUAAGAUCGGUUAUCUACUUACCAGGAGAUAUAAUUUGUAAAAAAGGUGAUGUAGGGAAAGAAAUGUAUAUUGUCAAAUCCGGUAAAGUUCAGGUGAUAGGAACAGCUGAAAACGAGGUUCUAGCUACUCUCUCAGAAGGCUCAGUUUUUGGUGAGAUCAGCCUUUUAGGAAUACCAGGAAUGAACAGAAGAACGGCAGACGUGAGGUCUCACGGCUACUCAAAUUUGUUCGUUUUGAGUAAAGCCGAUCUGAACGCUGCAUUAUCUCAUUAUCCGGAAGCUCAAGAAUUGCUCAAUAAAAAAGCGAAAUCGCUCAUGAAGAAAAACGCUGCUCUAGAAAGAAAACACAAAGCAAUGAUUGUCAUCAAUAAUCCAAAAUCACCUGCAAAACAGGCCAAACUAUUAGACACAGUUUUGAAGGUUCUACCCCCUCAGUCAAGGUCAAAUAGACUUUUGAGAUACGGCAGCAGAGGAAAACCUAUUACUAAUCCAGAAUACGACAAGUUGAAAUAUAGAAAUAGUUUACCAAUAAUACAAACUAACAAUGAGAAUAAAGAGGAUGAAAAGAGAUUUCAAGCCAAAGUUACUGUACAUAGAAGUAUGAGCUGAGAAUUUUAGUAAUUGAAAUGAUGGAAUUUGAUAAGGUGCUUACUUGUUAUAGAUCCUUUAUUAUUUU